AUGGGUAAAACUAAGGUCAUUCGAUCUGUCAUAGAAGGCCUUGAUUAUUACUGCCGAAAGACCGAUAGCCAAACCCUGAAGAAACUUGCAUUUUCUGUGGGAUCGCCCAUCGGAACAACAAAAACAAGUCUCAGAGACAACAUUGUAGCACAAUGCCAGUUGCUUCACAAUCUGACGACCAUAAAAAGAGAACAUGGAUGGAUAAGCAUUACAGCGGUUGACAUGGGACUGGAAAACUUUGCGUACUGCAAACUCCAGUGGCGUACAGACCAAACGCUACCCACGGUUGUAGAGUGGAAUAAAAUGCAGUUGCAAGGACCAGUUCUCAAUUCGGGAGUUUCAAAAAUUCCAUUUACACCUCGGUUCAUGGCGGAAGCUGGUCAGAGGCUUACGGAUAUCCUUACUAAGGACCCUCCACACCUGUUUGUCAUAGAAAGACAGCGAACCAGAACUAUGGGUUCCGCCAAAGUUCCCGAUCCAAUUUUAAAAGUUAAUGCCUUGGAGCAUGUUCUUUACAUGAGCCUCAGCGCCAAAAAACUUUACGUCAAAGGAUUCGAAUAUAUGGUGGAAUCCUCUGACCCGAGAAGAAUGACCAAUUUUUGGUGUCAACUAGUACCUGUGAAAGAAGUGUUAGAUUCCAAAUAUGGACCAGACUCUCCAAAAGCACGCUUAAAGGCCACAAGCUCAACUCUUACCAAAAUGCUCAAAAUUGGGCUGGUCAAAUCUCUACUGCUCCAGCAAUCGCCACAGGCAUUUACUCUGACAUCGGAACUUGAACAGAAACUAACCAGUUACCGCCACAAGAACCCACAAAAGAAACUGGACCUAUUUCAAUUUCUGGACCUGGGAGAUGGCGCUGGGAAACCCAAAGAAGACGAUCUAGCAGAUUCGCUUUUACACGGUGUUGCAUGGCUAAAGUGGUUAAAGACCUUUGAAGAGCUUAAAGAGGUCAUCAUGACCAGUGACACUGCUGACACGGGUCUCGAAGCUUUCAAUAAUUUUAACAAAGCGAAAAGGAUCGAGAGCGAGCAGUUCUUUCGCUCAUGUAUUACUGAGCUGUGA